AUGUCUGCAAGCGCAGAGUGUGGCGUGGUGGAGGAGUACGAGCUGCCGAAGCACAGUUGGUCGGCAAAGUUUCCUCGGAUGCCAAGCGGGCGAGUUGUGGCCGGCCGCGGAGCAUACAACGGACUGUACCUUCGGAUCAACGAGGUUUUGACGACGGAAGAGAUUGAUCAAGUUUUGCCAUGGCUGGAGGAGGUGGUCGGCAGAGCAGCUUGCUUUGUUGGCCUGGCUGAUGCUGCUGCCUCACCGGUUCUCCUCGCUGCGCUCAAGGCUGUCGGCUUUACCGACUACGCACUCAUCGCCGAUGUGGCCGAGCUCGCCUCGAGUGGGCGUGAUGAUGACGGCGUGGCGAGAGCGGUGCGAAAGGGGCGCGGCGAGGCUGAAAGUGAGGUCAGAGUCCCGGUGGAGGCGAGUGCAGAGAGCCUACGGGUGCUCGUCAAGUGGUACGGUGACGGGCCGAGUCCGGUUCAAGCCUACGCGAGCUCGAUCCGCGGCGGGCACAUGGUCGUCCUCGACGCCGAGCUGAGAAACACCUUUCUCAUCAAGUGGUGGGGCGGGUAUACCUUCCCAGGCGGAGCCGUUGAUCUCGGCGAGAACUCGUGGGAGGCGGCGGUCCGCGAGGUCCGCGAGGAGAUCGGCGUCGAGCUCGACGUGGAGCUCCUCCAGCCGCGACUGGUGUACAGCUACUCCAAGGGCGAGGCCCACCAGGGCCGCAUCGGUGAUGAGAUGCAUGUCUUCCUCGCAGCGGCGACCGCUGGCGCUGUCCCGGACUUUGACACCCCCGAGGUCAAGGGCGACGGCAAGAUUGUGCCUGUCGACGCCAUCCUCGACGCAUUUGACGCCCUCGGCGCCACCGAUCCCGCCGCCAUCCGCGGCUUUCCGGUCACCGUCGCCGGCGAGACCUUUACCGUCGAUCCGUCGGUAGGCCUUGCGCUGGCUGCCUGGCGCAGCGGAGCCGGGCUCCCGGUCUGGACCUCGCGCACGGUUGCGGCGUGGAGCUCGUUUGCGUCUGCGCAGAGUUUCAAAGUGGCGUUUUCCUCGACUUUGCCUCGGUUUUCUGCGUCUACGCAGACAAGCAAGGCGACCCGCACGGCCCUCUCCCGGCCCAUCUCUGCCUCUACCCACUCGGCGGCGGCCCUUGGUGCUGCUGCUGGUGCUGGUGCAGCUGAUGCUGCUGCUGCUGCUGCUGCUGCUGCUGCGGACGGCCAACAACCGCUCGAUCGGGUCGAGCUGGAGAAGCCGCACCUGGUGUACCCGGAGCGCUGGGCCGGGCCCGAGUCUACCGUUGCUACUGAGGCUGCUGUCGAUGCUGCGACGCCUGUGGGGAGCAGUGCUGCCGAGCGAGCGGUGGCUGAUGCGCUGCUGUCGAGCAAGGCCGCGGGCGCUCCGCUGCGCGAAGUGGAUCGGGUGGCCUGCGGUCGCGGGACGUACCUCUCGACGCUGAGCAACGGCCUGCGGGUCAUUACCCAGCAGGCCGCGUCUGCUGUGGGCGCGCCUGCGGCCUCGGUCGGGCUGUAUGUCAACCACGGACGCCGGGCCGAGACCGAUGCAUCGCGCGGCGCGACCCAUAUGCUCGAGCGGCUGGCCUUUGGCGCCACCGAGGGCGUCGACCACUCGGCCAUCGUCCGCAUGGUGGAGGACGACGCCGUGACGGUCUCGGCCACGCACAUGCGCGACUUUCUCGCACUCCACAUGGACGUCCUCCCGCACCAUGUGCCCAAGUACCUCGAUCUGCUCGCGGCGUCGAUCCUCGAGCCGGCCACCGACGACGCCUACAUGGCGUCGGUCAAGGCGUACAUGGCGCUAGACAUCGAAACCGCCAGUGUCGAGUACGACAGCCUCGCGCCGACCCGCGCCGAGGAGGUUGCCUUUGCCGGCUCGCCGCUGGGCGCGCCCUCGCUCUUUGACGCGCCCACUCUCGACGCGCUCUCGCCGGCGACCGUGAUGGCCUUCCGCGACGCGCUCCUUGUCGGCCCAAACAUGGUGCUCUCGGGCGUGGGCAUCGGCCACGACGAGCUCGUUGGCCUUGCCAGCACCUCGUUUGCCUCGGUCGCCGCCGCCUCGCCGCCCGGCUCGGACGCCGUCUUUGCCCCGCUCCCGGCAGAGUACGUUGGCGGGCAGCGGGUCGAUGUGGCCGACAUCGACGCCCAGCCGUGGCAGCACUCCAACGUGGUGGUCGGCUUUAAGGCUCCCGAGUGGUCUGCGCCCGAGCUCACCGCCCAUGCCGUCCUCCAGAUGCUCCUCGGCGGUGGCUUUGCCUUCUCCGCCGGCGGGCCAGGCAAGGGCAUGUACACCCGCUUGUACCAGACCCUCCUUGCCCGCUACCCGUGGCUCAACUCGGCCCAGGCCAUCAACGCCACCUUUGCCGACGCUGGCAUGUUCUCCAUCCACGCCUCGGCCGGCCAUGAGUCGGUCGGCGACGUCGUCCUCGCCCUUGUCCACGAGAUCAUGGCCAUCGGCCAGGAGCCACCGUCUGAGGUUGCCGUCUCUCGCGCCCGCAACAUGCUCAAGUCCAUGGUCGCCAUGAACCUCGAGCGCAGGGCUGUCCUCGUCGAAGACAUGGGCCGCCAGGUCCUCCUCUCCGGCGAGUACAAGACGCCCGAUGUCCUCUACCAGCGCAUCGACGCCGUCACCCGCGACCAACUCCACGCUGUCUUCCGCAACAUGGUCGCCUCUCCGCCCACCGUCUACGUCUGCACCACUCCGUCGUCCGCCAGUGUCAUUCCGCCCUACGAUGAGCUCGUCAAGGCCUUUGACAUCAUCCGUUCCCGCUGGCAGUAG